AACAAUUCCCAUCACUUCGACAUCCUCAUUUAUAAGCCGGAGCAGGUUAGUUCGCGCAACGGGCACCCUCUCCACAUCCGUCUCUUCCGACGAUCGACAAAACACAGCGCGAUUUAUCCAACCUCCCCCGUCUGUCUCUAUUUCGGCUAUAGUCUGUUCGCAAACAAACAAAUCGUCGCAACAAUGGCUUCCUCUCUUCGCGCCCUCCGGCCCGCGGCCGCCACCUUUGCGCGCGCCGCCGCUGUGCGCCCCGCCUCCGUCGCCAGCAGAUACGUCAUUGCCUUUUCGCGAUCGGCCAGCAACGACAGCACAGACAACCAGCAAAAGAGGGAUCUCGACGUCGGCGAACUGGACGGCGCCACCUUCAAGAUCGAGCCGCUCCGGAGAGUCGGCGAGGACCCGGCCACCAUGCGGGCGCGUCUUCUUUACCAAUCCCGCAAACGCGGCACCCUCGAAUCAGACCUCAUCCUCUCCACCUUCGCCGCCUCCCACCUCGGCUCCAUGACGCCCGAACAACUCAAGCAAUACGAUUUGUUCCUCGACGAAAACGACUGGGACAUUUACUACUGGGCCACCCAAGAACCCCCCUUGCCCGGUCAGGAGAACCAACAUCUCAACCCCGAAAAGGAACAGUUGCCGCCCAACCCGCGCGCGGGCGAGUGGGCGCAGACGAUCGGCACCUUUAAGCCGGCGUACAGACCGGUCCCGGCCAGGUGGAAGGGGAGUGAGAUUUUGGAAUUGUUGAGGGCGCAUGUGAAGGAGAGGGGGAUGGGGAGUAAGGGGGGGAUGGCGUUCAUGCCGAGGUUGGAGGAGUAUAAGUGAAAUGGAGGAGGACUUGGGAAGAGGAGGGGAUAAGAGGUGGGAUAUGGGAAAGGUGGGAGGUAAGAGGUGGGAGGCUUGUGGCCAGUCAUUCAGAUGACAAGCUGAGCUGAGCUGAGCCGACUACAUAUGAGGAUGAGGAUGAGGAGGGAGUGUUGUACGAUAUUGUAUUUCAGUACAAGUUGUGUACCACUAGGAAUAUGGGCCAAAAACGACCAAACGGGUAAACAUUGGAUACAUGGAUAGGGUGAGCAUAUCAAAACGAUUGGGACAUUGGUACAAGGCUUUGGGUGGGCAAGAUAUUCGGUUGCAGGUUUGGGAGAAGUGGGCAAGCCUCGAGGUAACGACCUUUGCUCAGCAGCCUUUCGUUCUCUCUAUCGGUUUAUGAGCUUCGGUAAUUUACC